CAUGGACUCAUCGCAGAAAAAAAAGGGAAAAGAAAUAUGAUAGAAUUUUUGCUAUGUAUUCUAUGCUUAUCAUCUGUUCUGAAGACAAGUCUUAGUCUAGAUACUUGUGAAGUAUCAUCGGAUGUGUCUGGAAUGUGUAGAAGGAGAUCGGAUUGUUCGACUCUACGAAGAGGUUCUACUGUUAAAUCCUGUCCUGAAAGACGUGAUUUGAUUUGCUGUCCUUUAUGGAGGAAAACAAGUUGGCCAGUCCAAACCACUAAAAGAUCAAGGGCGCAAUCAAAGACAACUGCUAUACCUAGUACUGAAAAUGUUUGUGGUCAAAGAUCAGUAACGAGAAGAAGAACUAAUCGUGGAGUAGACUUGGAGGAAGAAGAAGAAUCUUUUAAUUUAACAACUGAUGCGAUCGUAAAUGGACGAACAGCCGUAAAGGGAUCUUGGCCUUGGAUGGCUGCUCUUCUAAGUAUAAGAACAACAUCAUUUGGACGAAGUGCGUCGUUCUUCUGUGGUGGAAGUAUCAUCACAUCUAGAGUUGUUCUUACAGCAGCUCACUGUUUAUACCCUUACAUGCGUAACCGGAGACAAAUAAGUAAUAACAUGAAGAAAAUGAAAGUUCGAGUUGGGGCGCACACGAAAUCUGAUGGAAUAUCUCACGACAUAUCUCAAAUGAAUUAUCAUAAAAGCUAUGGGCGAAAUUAUGCAAAUGAUAUCGGAUACGUUAAACUUUCAAAAGAUAUUAUUUUCAAUGCGCACGUUCGUCCUAUUUGUCUACCGACAUCGACAGAAUUUUAUUCCGACACAUUUUACAUCACAGGCUGGGGCACUACACGUUCUGGUGGUUCUGCCAGCAGCACAUUAAGAGAAGCUAAAGUGAAAAUGGUACCCCUGAGCACGUGCAAAUCAAGUUAUUCACGUAUAAAUUUGAAAAUUACCGAUAAACAAGUAUGUGCUGGUCGUGGUGAAGCGGAUACAUGUCAGGGAGAUUCAGGAGGACCUAUGGUAAUGUACAGCGAGAUUAAGAAGCGCUGGAUUUUAGUUGGAAUUACAUCCUUUGGAAAUGGUUGUGGAAAUCGCAGAUAUCCUGGUGUAUAUACAUCAGUUAAAGCUUAUAGAAGUUGGAUAGAUACUGUUUCGUAAAGCCCGUUACAGGAACAAAUUCUAACACAAAUAUAACUCUAAAAAUAAGGUAAACAAGCAACAGUCUCAUGUUCCUUCCAUCUUCAAAAAAUGUUAUUAUUUGAUGGAGGCCUUCUUGUAUUUCAUAGCUUAGGGCCACAGUUUUGUAUAAACCACGGCUUAGAUUGAUCUUCCAAGAUCCACAAUACAUUUCUAUGUAGUAUCUAAAGACGAGAAUUACGUGGCACAGAAGAUCCAACUUAUGUUUUAAACUUUGUUUAAGAAAUUGAUCCGAGCUUGCAGCUAAAUUUCUGAUGCACAAUGGUAUUGUUGAUUAAAUUGUAUUAUUAACGUUAAAGUGUAUUGAAUAUUGUUUAUAUUAAACAAGUUUGCAUACAUGCUCAGUCACACAAGUGGAACAAUAAAUUGAAAUUUAAAAAUUGUAUUAUAACAAAGGAAGUUCUAAGUUAUUCAUGAGUGAGUCAGACGUAUUAAAUUGAUUUCACAAUUAUGUUCAAAUUUCAUUUCUAGUGCAAACCAUUGAAAACAUUAUCUGAUGAAACAUGCGAGGUCAACAACUAGAAUG